AUGCAGUUGCACUGUGGGCUCACUGAGAAAAUGGGGGUGUAUUUCAUCCUAAUAAGUGUCCUUACCUUCACCAGUCUCUCCUCAAGCCAAGAAUGUACACGGGAAUUGUUGGAGAAUGUUGACUUCCCGGGAACGGACAUAAAAUUUGAGUACUCUCCAGAUGCUCGCCACUGUCAGCAUUUGUGCACACAGCACCCGUCUUGUCUAUUCUUCACAUUUGUACGUCCUGAGUGGACUACUGAUAACAGGCACUUCUACUGCUACCUUAAGUCUACACCGUCUGGAGAGCCCAAUAAAAAGACGGCCCUCAUUGGUGUCACCUCAGGAUAUUCUCUCAAACCUUGUGGCCCUGACCCACAACCUUGCCUGUCCCGCGUGUACCAGAAUGUGGACUUUUUGGGAGCAGACUAUCGGACUUUAUUCACAGCAGACUACCAGGAGUGUCAGAGAGUGUGCACAAAAGACCCCUUUUGCCAGUUUUUUACAUUUGUCAAUCCUGUUUUCACACCUGAAAAGAUCAGGUACAAAUGCCACCUGAAAUUCAGCUGGCCUUUGCCAAGGACCUUAAAUGUAAACCGGAAGAAUGGUGUGGUGUCGGGCUUCUCUCACAGUGUUCAACUCAGUCAGUUCUCAGACACAGAAUGUUCCGUGAAACUUUUUCCAAACACUGACACCAUGGGAGGUGCUUUUGAGUCGCAACCUGCCGGCACACCAGAGCAAUGUCUGGCAAUAUGUUCCGCACAUCCAAAAUGUUUCUACUUCUCUUUCCAGAGCAAUGACUUCACUUGUAAACUGAAAGACAAUCCAAAUGACCUUUUGAUGAAGUCCCAACAAGGAGUAACUUCUGGGAUAGCAACACACCACUGUCAACAACCUACUGGCUGGGCAAACGUGCCUCUUGAAGGAGUUGAUUUCCAAGGUUCAGACAUUCUCUUUGAGCUGAUGGAUGAUGCAGAGACGUGCCAGAAGAGAUGUACAAUUGAUCAACAUUGUCAGUUCUACACUUAUGUCAAUGAGACCUUCGGCGAUCCUGUUUUUCGGCGUCGCUGCUAUCUCAAGCGCACCACCACCAUGCCGGCUCCUCCCAAAAUUACAAAGUUGGCCAAUGUGGUGUCUGGGUUCACCAUGAGGAACUGCAUUUAA